UCACUGAGGUCCCACACACUUUCCUUGGAGGCCUCGUAGGUUCACAAAGUGGGUGCACCUCUGAUGGCCCUGAGCGAGCCAUCCUACCUCUGACACCAUUUAGUGAAGGGGAGAAGAGGUAUCCCGCCCAGCUUCAAAACUAGGCCUCAAAGGUGCAAAACGGGGGCUCUAACUGCUACAACUGUCUUCACCCUCAACUAAAACAUGCACCGCAGAUUUUGAAUUGAGUGCCUAGGAAUGUGGCCAAAGCCUCCUAGAGAUCUGAUAUGGGUGAGUAGGCCUACACACUCAAGAUGUAGAUAUGGCAUUAUGAAGGACCUAUUCGGUGGAUUUGUGCAUUACGCUCCAGGAAAAUAUAGUUGCACUACUCAAAAAAAUCCACCAGGGAGCCUACCAACGCCAUUUCUUGGUGUAAUCAAUGAAUCCACGAUCAGUAUCAGCUACGCCAAAGCGUAUUCCCGACUGGACAUAGAUACGCAAAAGUCGCCUACUCCCCCAUCACAACUGGCCGUUUUUAUUGCGUUGGUAUUGAUUUUCAUUUUGUUAGCCAUGUUUUCAUGCCUGGAUACAUAGGCCUGCACGACGAUUUUUCAUUUCACUGUGGUAUUGAGAUAUGAUCGAAUAGCUCAUUUGUGUCUCCCGUACAUUACACCCAAUGAGUUCACCGGAUGGAUGCUUUCCUCCACGGUUCCGUCUGUGUUUUUGAACAGGAUCACCGCAGUCUGACUAGUGCCCUCCGCGCUCCACGGAACUCAGUUAGUCAUGACCUCUCAACGCUCUAAUUCACUGAAUGGGAAUCAUCGAUAGUUGUCUCAUUUACGCGGAUCUACGAGUCGUUGAGACAAUUCUCAUCCAUCUUCAUGACCAAGCGCGAGAAGGCUUGAAUUGGUUCCUGGCUCCAUAUCUGAUAUAAGGUUAAGCCAAGGCGCUUCCUAAGGUUCGCAGAUGGGUGCGACGAAGAGCAAGCCCAAAGACCCAGGCCAGAGGUCUCUGAGCUUGGAUGGCACCAUCGGGAUGGGUGGCGGGAGCGGGCACGGGCACCAUUUGAUGGCUGGCCCGCAGACCCAGACACCCAACCGCAGCCCAGCUGUAGGCACCCACCGACGGGGCACCCAGCCCCAGGCCAACUGCGCAGAGCUGGCCCUGUUCGGAGGGGUGGACCAUUCCAGCACCAUCACCUCUCCGCAUAGGGGACCCUUGGCAGGUGGUGUCACAACGUUUGUGGCGCUAUAUGACUACGAAUCGCGCACAGCCUCUGACCUGAGUUUCCAGAAGGGGGAGAGACUUCAAAUAGUCAAUAACACGAGAAAGUACAACUUCAGGGAGGGUGACUGGUGGCUGGCGCGGUCUCUGACGACGGGGAAGAGCGGCUACAUCCCCAGUAACUAUGUUGCGCCCUCCGACUCCAUCCAGGCAGAAGAGUGGUUCUUUGGGAAGAUCACUCGUCGGGACUCAGAAAGACUGCUGCUCAGCGUUCAGAACCGGCAAGGAACAUUCUUGGUUAGAGAGAGCGAAACCACCAAGGGGGCUUAUUGCCUGUCUGUCCUGGACUAUGACAACACCAAAGGCCUGAACGUGAAGCACUACAAGAUCCGUAAACUAGACAGUGGAGGCUUCUACAUCACCUCCCGCACGCAGUUCACCAGCCUGCAGCAGCUGGUCAUGCACUAUCGCAAGCAUGCGGAUGGCUUGUGCCACAUCCUGACAGACGUGUGUCCGACCAUGAAGCCUCAGACGCAAAGCCUGGCACGAGACGCUUGGGAGAUCCCCAGACAGUCACUACGCCUCGACGUCAAGCUGGGCCAGGGCUGCUUCGGUGAAGUCUGGAUGGGCACGUGGAAUGGCACGACGCGGGUGGCCAUUAAGACGCUGAAGCCGGGCACCAUGUCUCCCGAAGCCUUCCUGGAGGAGGCCCAGGUCAUGAAGAAGCUGCGGCACGAGAAGCUGGUCAUGCUGUAUGCCGUGGUCUCAGAGGAACCCAUCUACAUCGUCACAGAGUACAUGAGCCAAGGAAGCCUCCUGGACUUCCUGAAAGGUGAUGCAGGGAAACUCCUGCGCUUGCCACAGCUGGUGGACAUGGCAGCACAGAUUGCCGCUGGAAUGGCAUAUGUGGAAAGGAUGAACUACGUGCACAGAGACCUUCGAGCCGCCAACAUCCUGGUUGGGGACAGCCUGGUGUGUAAAGUGGCUGACUUUGGCCUGGCCCGACUCAUUGAAGACAACGAGUACACAGCCAGACAAGGGGCCAAGUUUCCAAUCAAGUGGACCGCACCGGAAGCAGCACUUUAUGGACGCUUUACCAUCAAGUCAGACGUCUGGUCAUUUGGGAUACUUCUCACAGAACUGGCCACCAAAGGCAGAGUCCCAUAUCCAGGCAUGGUGAAUCGGGAGGUGCUGGACCAGGUGGAGCGUGGCUACCGCAUGCCGUGCCCCAUGGACUGCCCCAGCUCCCUGCACGACCUCAUGCUGAACUGCUGGCGCCGGGAGCCCGAGGAGCGGCCCACCUUCGAGUACCUGCAGGGCUUCCUGGAGGACUACUUCACCUCCACAGAACCCCAGUACCAGCCGGGAGACAAUCUCUAGGGCAGAGGUUCCCCAACUUUUCCAAUUUGGGGCCCCACUUGAAGCGUUCACUAAUGUUCUGGGCCCACCUCUGACCCAAUUAACAAUACAACUCAGAUAGACAGUGAACAAGAAAACACAAACAAAAAUAAUUUCGAUUUUUAGACAAAUUAUUUCAAGGCCCACUUGGAAUACCUUCAGGGCCCACCAGUUUGCCCCAGCCCACAGUUUGAGAAUCAUUGCUCUAGGGCACUCUCCUCUCCAGGGCAGGGUAGGGCCUUGUGUGGGUGUGGGUGCGGACGGGAUUCUAUGUAUGUAUGCAGGACUGUGUGUUUGUGUACCGACACACACACACACACAUGCUUGCACACAGAUGGUACCAUGUGGAGAGUUGGACAGAGAACAAGAAAGGCACUUCCAUUGAAAGGAAUGGUGUGUUUUGUGUGCACGUUGGUGUGUGUGUGUGUCCAAGUGAGAGAAUCAGUGAGCUUGCCCCCCCCCCUGACCCUUGGGGAGAAUAACCAAGCCUGGAGUUUGGAUUGGUUUGGUGGUCAACUCCAGAUUGGUUUGGGAGGAGAGGGGAACGGAUGACAUGCCCCGCCCCCUUCUCAUCAUCCCCCCUGUGGAGUGGAGCAGGAACCCACCUCAAAACACAGCACCUGGAUGUGCUAAUAGACUGAGGAGUACUGACGCUGGACACCACCAUACGUCUCUCCACCUCUCUUUACCUCUCAUCUACACUCCUCCUUUCCCUUCCUCUCCACCUCUCCUUUUCUCUCCUCUCCCCUUUCCUCUCCCCUCUGAGGGUCUACAGGGGUCUCUGCAGAAGCAGGCAGCAAUUUGACUCAAACUGAGUGACUCUCUCUAAACCUUAUUUAUCUUUUUUGUUUUGUUUUUUCAUGGACAGUGGACAUUGACCUAAGGUGUGUGUCUUUGUUUGGGGGGGGGGGCUUCCUUCAUCUUUACUUCAACGUAGCUGCUGCUGCCGUUACGUUUCCUUUCUUUCUUUUUUGCCUCUUCUUUGUCUCUCCCUUUUCACUGUUGUCUGCCUGGCUGUGCCAUGGGCUACACAUGGUCAUCGCACAUACGCAGGGCAGGCAGUCACCUCCAGAGAAGUGUUGCCUGGCAUACACCUCUUUCAUGAAGGGGCUGUGCUAGCAGCUGACUGACUGUCCUACAGACAUGGUCGGCAACCGUUUGCUGUCUGUGGGCAGCAAUUUCUUGCACGUUCUCCCACCUCCAUAAAAAAAGAGUGAGUGGUAUGGAGUGGUCUGUCCUCUUUUCAACUUUUGUAGGAUGUAUUUUGUACUUUUACGAAAACUUGAAGCACCAUGUAUGGAUGCUUAGUGCUGCCAUUGCAUUGUUGUGUGUUUUUUUUUCUUUUUUGACAUUUGGUCUCUUUAAGGGAGCUAAAAGAGAUGUGUCAUGUGGUCUUCAGAAGGAACAGAAUAACGAAUUGAAGUGUCUUGGAAGAGAAAAAUAUUGAUGUACACAUGAUGGGUUGGAUAUGAAGACUAAUGGAAAAGGAUCAUAUGUCCAAAAUAUUGAGCUUUUGGUUCUUUUUUUGUUUGUUUCUGAUUUCAUUGUUUUUGUAGGCUCUGAUUUUCCCCUCCUCCUUAGCAGUGGGACAUUUAGCAAUUACCUCAAGGUUGCUGAGACAAAAUGGCUGAACUGCCAAAGUCUGUUCACUGCCUUGCUCCUUGCCUUCACUGCCCAUUCACCUGUCUGGAAUUUUACAUUAGAGGAACAAGAGGGGUAACAAAAUAAGCUGGUCUUCUCUUGAUAUGGUGUUUUUCCAAACCUGCUGUAUUUUGAGUCAUCAGUGACUUUUUAAAGGUGCCAUUUAUUCAUAUAUCGAAGCAGAGACAUGAGAUGAAGUUUAGGAAACAAGAUGCUUAUGAAGAUUUUCUUGUUUGCUGAAGGCUUGUGGUAUUUUGUACUUUACCCCUUGUUGGCCAAUGGGGUGCCUCCUGAUUCAUUUGACUAUAGCUAAAAUAAUUUGCCUUUUCUACAGCCCUCACCAGCUAUAGUGUUAAAAAGCAUAAAGACCAUGUCGGCAUGUAAAGUGUUUCAUCUGCUGUGGCAGCUC